AUGGCGACUGGCCGAAUCAAUGUAGCUCCAAUGGCGCCAUUUGAUCCUAUGUCCGAUCCAAACUCUCUCAGUCAGCGCUGGAAAAGUGGAAACGACGAUUUGAAACAUAUCUUGUUGCUCUGAAUGUGACUGAAAAGAAACAAAAGCGGGCUCUCUUGUUGUACCAAGCUGGCCAAGAGACUCAGGAUAUUUUUGAUACCCUUGUUGACAUCGGCGAAGACGACGACUAUGAUUCCGCUAUCGCUGCCCUCGAUACGUAUUUUCACCUAAAAAACAUGUCGAUUUUGAAAUUUUUAAGUUUCGUGAAGCCAAACAACAACCACAUGAAACAAUCGAUCAGUUUUCAACUCGUCUUAGGAAGCUGGCGGCAACCUGUGACUUCGAAAAUAUCGACAAGGAAGUAAAAUCGGCCAUAAUUCAAACCUGUUUAUCGAAACGUCUCACGACGCUACGCCCUGCUUGACUCGGAAGUUACGCUAGCCAAGAUUCUCGCAAAAGGCAGAGCUUUUGAACUCAGUGAAUCGCAGGCAACCGGCAUUGAAAACGCACUUGACUCAACACACAUGACGAAGUAGUUGAAGCUGUCCAUCCUACAACGAAACAUAACAACUAUCGUGAUAAACAACAUACAUCGUUUCACCGCCAAGACUUUUACACCUCAUCAGAGUGUCGGAAUUGUGGGGGGCCUUGGCCCCAUAACAACAAUAUUUGUCCCGCGAAAGGAAAAUCUUGUCUGAACUGUGGAAAAUCAAACCAUUUUGCGAAAGUCUGUCGUAGUGCUCGCAAGGCUCGCGUCGGUCAACAAGAGAAUCGAAGGCCUUCAAAAAAAUACCACAAAAACAAAGACUGGAAACGUGAAAUGUUUAAAUUUUUGCUCAACUACAGAGCUACCCCACAUUCCACCACUGGCAAGUCACCGUCCGAGUUGCUAUACAACCGUAAGAUUCAAACAAAAUUACCUCAAGUGACAGUCGAAAAUGAUUCUUCACUUCAUCAAGAGGUGAAGGAGAGAGAUGAAAGGUUGAAAAAGAACCAAAAAGAAUAUGCUGAUUCCAAAAGAAGAGUUAAGUGUGCUGACAUCAAGAAAAGUGAUUUAGUUUUGGUGCGGCAACCGAAAGCAAAUAAAAUGUCCACAAAAUACGAUCCAAUACCAUAUGAAGUCACAAAUCGCCGUGGGAACAGAAUCACAGCAAUUAGGAAUGGGAAAUAUAUAACUCGGAACAUUUCGUUCUUUAAAAAGUAUUACCCCAGACAUGGCAGAUCGUUGGAGUCAACAGAGAUAAUGGAUGAAGAAAAUUAUUCCUCAGAUGAAGAUGUCCACGAAGAGCAUGAACAGUAUGAUGGACUGAGACAGAAUGAUCGUCCGCGGCAGAACAAUG